UUAAAAUAGUUUUAAGAAAAGCGUUUGACUGGUUCUAUUGAAAAGAGUGUCGUACCAUUGUGAAUAAAUGCCUCAUAAUUUUAGGAAAGAUUUCAAAAGACUCUAUAUACAGAAAGAGGAACACCCUGUAUUACAUUCAUUCAUGAAAUGGAUACUGAUAAUACUGGCUAUUCUAUUAGUGAUACUUUUGAUACUUUUUGUUAUCAUUUUCAUUGUGUUUCCAAUUGUGUUUAUGCUUUCCUUGGCUUUAGAAAGACUUCUCCUAUUUAUGAAUGUAAAUGUACCGAAGAAUCCGAAGUUCGAUAUGCCUCAUGAGUAUGGUUUUCAAGGAGUGACCAACUUUUAUAUCACAAGUAGAGCGAGCGUCAAUAGCAGCGAAGUUCUUUCUAUCGGCGCAUGGUGGUUACCAAAUGAAAAAUAUCUCAAUUCAACAGAAAGAAUGGAUGAUAUUCUGAAGAAGGACGAAUUUCCUGUGGUGCUUUAUAAUCAUGGUGUGCUGGCAACUAGGAUAUUGAAGUAUGAUUACAUCUAUAAAACUUUAAGGAAAUAUUUCCAUGUUAUCUCUAUCGACUACCGAGACUAUGGCGACUCCUCUCCACAUGAUCUCUCUGAAGAAGGAGUGGUUCUCGAUGUGGUUCAUACGUACAAUUUGGUCAAAUCAAAGACGAAAGCUGAUAUUUAUGUGUGGGGUCAUUCAUUAGGAGGUGGAAUAUCCGCCCAUGCUGUUAAAUGGUUGAAAGAUAACGAAGAAGAAAUACCAGCUGGAUUUGUAAUCGAAUCAUCCUUCACUAGUUUACAAGAGGAACUGUAUGAAUAUUUCAUCUCAAAGAUUUUCAAAUGGCUCCCUUGGUUUGAGUUGUGUGUUGUGGAUCCCGUACGUGAGCAUGGCUUCAUUUUCAAUACCACAAGAAACGUACAGGAUAUCGACUGUCCCAUAAUGAUAAUGCACGCUGAAGAUGAUCCCGUCAUACCUUUUUUCCUCGGCGAAAGGAACUUCAAUAUUACCAGUCAAAAUAGGAAACCUUCCCAAGGUCAAGUAUUCUUUCAUCCAUUCGCCGCAAAAAAAGGUUAUGGACAUGUAGGAUGUACCCAAGAUCCUGAAGUGCCGAAAUAUAUAGAGGAGUUCAUGUCAGAAUGUGAGAAAUGGAAGAACGAAAGAGCACGUCUUCAGAAAAAAUUGAACGGAACCAUAUCUGGGAGAGUUUGAAUUUUCUACAAUCAUUCUCUUUAGUGAUGUAUCGAGGCGCCAUGCUCCAUCUUCGUUGCUUUUAUUGAAUGAUAAGUCGUCAAGAGUAAAUAAAAUUUCAUACAUGA